AUGAGAGGAGAUAGUGAUUCUAAUAUUUAUUAUGCGACAAAAUUAUAUAAUAAAUGUGAAAAACAUAAAAAGAAUGGAUGUAAAUGUCAUUAUUCUGAAAUAGAAGAUUAUAGAUGUGAAAUUUGUAAUGAUAAAUGUCCAAUUAAAACAAAAAGUAAAAUAGAUGGAAUAUCAAAUUUAGUUGGUCCAUUUAAAUUUGGAAGUUUUCAAAUGAGUAAUUUAGAAAUGAUAAGAGAAAAAAACAAAAUGAUGCUUGAAGAUAUGAAAAGAUUGGAGAAAAUUAGAGAUGAGAUGAUACCAUAUGAAGAAAUAGUGAUGAAUCCUAAAAAGUAUGCAUCAUUAGGGUGGAUGCAAACACCAAAUGGAUAUUUGCAAAUGGAAAAAGAUAGAAAAAGAAUUAAAAAAGAAAAAAGAGGUGGAAGAUUUUGGAGACCAGUGUUAUUUUAUUUUUAUGGUCCUGGUGGUAGUGGAAAGACUGGUUUGAUAAUGGAAUUAUUUCGUAAUGAAUUAUAUGAUAAACCAGAAAAAGGGAGGUCAGGGACAAAUUUUUGGAAUGGAUAUAGUAAUGAAGAUAUUGUUUUAUUAGAUGAGUUUUAUACAAAAAUUGAUUGGGAAACUGGAACUGGAAAAACGCAUUAUUGUCGUAAUUUUUUUAAUGAAGAAUAUAUUCAAUAUGAUGAUAAUUCUAAAAGUUUACAAGUAAAAUGGCUUAAAGAAUUUAAUGUUAGAGUUAUUGAUUUAAUGAUUACACCACGAUGGGGAUUGGGGUGUUCGCGAAUGAGAGAACCAUUUUUCAAAAACAAAUUUAAUCCAAAGUAUAUUAAAUUUGUAUUUUUAGAAUCUGUUCAUGAAAUGGAAAGAUAUAAAGAAUAUAAUAUAAUGAAAGAAAAUAUUGAUUAUGUUAUUCGAUUUAAUGGUAAAUAUAAUCAUGAAUUAAAUAAACCAUUGUAUGAAGAUGGUGAAGAAAAAUAUGUAUUUGAAAAAGGUAGUGAAGAAGAAUUAAAAAGAAAAUGUCAAGAAUAUAGGUCGAUAUCAUCUUUAUUUGAAAUAAGAAUACAAGCGAUAAACAGCAAGACAUGUGAAGAAUGUACUACUCUACGAGAAAAUUGCCGAAAAGAAAUCAAACCUUAUAAUAAAGGUUUAUCUUUGGUAAAAAAUAUUGCAAGAAUACAAAAAGAUCUUGAUGAAACGAAUAAAAAGUAUAAUGAAUUAAAUACGAAAUAUAUUCAAUUGAAAGAAAAAUAUGGUGAAUUAUAA